AUGCCUGUGUCUUCAAUCGUAUCCUUCCUCUCCGCCAGAGAUGCCCAAGUUCAUCCACCGCCAAGCUUGACGACGCUAUCCGAGCUGACCCACUACACUGACGCACAUGUUGUCCAUCUCGCCCACGCCUUUCGACCGUCGACCGUACUCGCCUUUCGGCUACUGAUUGCAUGGACGACCGGUCCGGUCCGCCUGAGGGCCUCAGCUCGUCGUAUCGACAAGACGCAAAAGUGGCGAUUCCAAGGAUCCAAGGUCGCGACUACCAGAUGCCGGCAGCCACACGAGCGCCCCGACCAGCUCGACGAGCAGGCAAGGAGGAGGGUCCAGGAUACCCUGGCUUCGUUUGACGGUGACACCCCUCCUCCGCUAACUCUCUCACGACCAAACACUUCGCACAGCAAGCGGCCAAGACAGACGUCGUCCCAGGACAAUGAAGAUGCAAGAAGCCUCAACUCGGCCGAUGGCGGCGAGGCUUUUGUUUCGGCCUCGGUAGGUUCCAACGAAGACUUGGACUUCAUUCAGGAGGAUCUUCUACAAAAUGAAGACGCGAACAACACCGCAGGCUAUUGUGGUCGCAACUCGCAAACUCAGUGGCUACGUGCCCUUGAGGCCAAGGUCGAACAACCUGAAGGUGAGCCUUCUAAUAUGCCUUAUGGACCCCCUGGAGAAUCCGGUCAGGCUUUCAACCAGCGCGCUGAGGCGCUUCGUCAGCGUCAGCAAAAGGCCGAGAAAAAAGGCAUUCAUCAAAACUCAUUUACCGGUUAUUACUUCUACCUCGAUCACAUACACAUCGAUAUCGACAUUGAAAAUCCACACAUCCUCCCAACUGCUCAAACGGCUAUUAUGCUGUUUGACUACUACUCACAAGCCGUUCACCGCCCCUUCAAGAUCCUGGAUGAAGUCUAUGAGAACCAAUUGCGGGCCUUCUUCAAUAGAGAUCGUGGCUACACCGUCAACGUGUGCCCCAAGUGGAAGGCCACUUUGAAUCUCGUAUUCGCUAUUGGUGCGCGCUACUCACAUCUGAUCGGAGCUGAUUGGCGAGCCGAUGAUCAUGACCACCUGGUCUACAUGUCGAGAGCAGUACAUCUCUUACAGCUUGAUUCAGUCGACACUCUUAUCUCGCGUCCCGAUCAGGCUCUUAUUCGGGCAACUAUCCGUCAUGCACAAGCUGCAGGACUCCAUCUUAGAAAUGAAGAUGUCACUGUCGACUCCAAGAGGAAGAUGGCAUUGGCCCAAAUUUGGUGGGCUUUGUAUUCCAUCGAGUGCGUUCUGACUACAAUAACUGGACGUCCUCGUGCUAUAGCCGCCAAGGACUGCACGGUACCUCCACCAGGCACAAUUGGAACAGAUAUGCAGGCAGCCCAUGGGAACGCACAAUCCAAUCAGUCUAUUUCAUCCCAUUCUAUAAUUCGGGCGUCUGCCUCUUCCACGGGUGAAGCACAUACCGAUACAGUCGUGGACGCGUUUGACGUAGCCUAUGUCAGGCUUGACAUACUGAUGGGCAAGAUCCUCUCAGGACUGUACUCUGGAAAGAAGUCGGCGAAGUCCUGGAAGAGUGCACAAGCCAAAAUUAGUUCGCUGUCUGAAGAGCUGGAAGCCUGGGCUUUGAAGUCACUAUCGCACGACCCAUCUGCGACUCCAUCAGAGCAUAAUCUGGGCAGGGAGCAGUUGCUACUCCAUCUCUACUAUCAAAACGCCAAGGUAUGCAUUACCCGCCCGUGUUUGUGUCGUCUGGAUCUGCGCAUCAAGGGACAAAGUGAAGAUUCGGCACGUUUCAACAAAAAGAUGGCUGAAGGUUGCAUUGGUGCAGCACUCGCCAUCACUUCCAUGCUACCUGAUCCUCCAAACCCAGCGUGGUUCUAUAAGAACGGUCCGUGGUGGGCCGCUGUCCAUAUGAUCAUGCAAGGACUCACUGUGUUCCUAUUGGAGCUCGCAUUAGACGGUGUCCACUUGACAGGCGACAAAUCUCAGGUGGCAUCGUGCAUCGAUAAGCUGAUAGCGUGGCUUCAGUCGAUGGGAACCGUUGACGCUGUCAGCAAGAGCGCAUACGAUGUCGUGGCGAAAGUCCUAAGUAAGCAGAAAGAGAAAGACGCAGCUGCAAGGCAGAUGCCACAAUCACAACCAAUUACAGAAGACCAACAAGGGUACGGCGCGCAAGAUUUCGCGCUCGAACAGCCGCCACAACCACAACCACAACCACAACCAGAGUUUGUUCGAGCACUCGUGCCGGAGCCAAUGGAUGAUCUUUGGCCGGGCUCUGAUACCUUCGCUGGUGGCCCUUUCUUCCCGCAAGACAAUGCCGGCAACUCCUACCGGAACGAUGUCUCAGGGACGGAAUAUUUAAACGAUCCAGGUGCCAGCCUCAUGGAAUAUGGUCAGCCGCAGAUGCAAUUGUUUUACGGGAAUCCCUAUCAGAUGACGUUUGACAAUUGGGACUGGGAUCCGGCGGCGUUUGAGAACUAUGACCAAGACCAAGGCCAAAGCCAGAUCCAAGGUCAGGGCUACAAUCAAGGUCAGAGUCAAGGCCCACAACAAAACCAGGACCAAGGGUUUAGCGGAGGGCCACCAUAG